AAACCCAAACAACCAAACUAUGUUAUUGGACUGCGAGUCAAGGGCCCAGCCUCUUUCGGCCGUAGGUCAAACGCCCAAGGUAUUUUUCUGGAUAAUGCGAGGAUGCAAAGUCAAGCGGAUGGUUGCUGCUGCCGCUCUUGCAUCCCCAAAUGUAAUCAUCCCUUCUACCUUUGACUCUUUGGUCUUCUUUGCACUCCCCUUUCGUCAGAUCCACGUUGCGGCGCCGAGUUUGACCGAGUUCGAAACUCACAAAAACGACGAGCACGCCAUGUGAUGAGAAAGGAAGAAUUUCUACCGGUUUGCGUAUCAUAUUUUGGCUUUCUGCUCUCUCCGUUUUAAUUUCCAAUUUCAAUUUUUUUUUUUGGUGUUUAGCCUCCUUUUAUGGAGUACGAAAAAAUCUUAUUAAAAUUUUUUAUAAAAAUUUUCGAUCUAAAAAACAUUUUUUAUUGUAUUAAUCUUAUCUCCGUUUUUCCUCGUCCCUCAGCCCUUUUGUAAUUUGUCAACUAUCACAAAAAUGAUAAAGAAAAAGAAAAGAAUGAUUUCUGAAGUUAAAAAAAAAAAGAAUUACGAAAAAAAAAACUAGGACCUUUUUGCCCCAACUAAACACCAUAAGAGAAUCUUCGAGUUCUUGCAAAAAGGAGUUUACUUUUACAAGGUGCUUUCAUUUUUCUUUUUCAUCUUUCUUAACUGUAGUUUGGUUAAUCGAUUUGAUGCAUCCGGAAAAUUUCUGGAGGAAUGGCUGCUAUGCUCAACCAAAUGGUUGUUCUCUAUGGUAUUGCUUCUCUCUGCUUUGUUGCUUUUAUGUUGCCCACUGUGCUAUGUGGAGUUGACUCACAAACAACACCAAUUAACUACAAGCCUAUUGGGAACUACAUCCCACCAUGCAGUAAGAAAAGCCAAGAGAAUUGUGUGACUCAUAGCCCACCAGUCAAUAAACACAAAAAACCAUGUAACCCUUCGGACCACUGCCGGGGUAGUCAGAGCCAAACAGGAGCAACUGAGAGUAAAGCUCAAGUUUCAGCUGCCCCAAAACAGUUUGGAGUUGAUGAUCAUACUCUCCUUGAUGGAGAAACUGAGAAUAAAGCUCAAGUUUCAGCUGCCACAAAACAGUUUGGAGUUGACGAUCAUACUCUCCUUGACUUGGUUUUUGCAAUGGCUGUUGGCUGGGCGCUCUUUCUCUUUUGGUGACUUGUCUGUUUUUGUUAUGAAAUGCUUGCCUAUGUUGUUUAUUUCAAGAUUACUAGACUACGUUGUUUAUUUCAAACGGUAACUUUUUAUGGUCAUGUGUUGAGCUUCGUGUGAUGGAGACAUUUUGUUUGUGUAGUCAGGUUAUAUUUUUCUAGUGCUUGGGUUGUUUAUUGAACCAAUUAGAGAAAUAGAAUACAUUUGUGUUUUGAGUUUGUAAACGGUCGGUAUUAAUCUCUGUUUAUCUGCUUCAUGUUUGUCCCUUCGUUUGGUCAUCAACUCAUAGUCCCUUAUGUUUGGUAGGGAGGAUAGUCUCUUAAUGUUUAGAAGGAGGGAAAGAGGA